AUGGACCCCAAAUCUGCUAGUUCGGAGGGCCUUCUGGCCUUCCUACGGAAAUUUUACCCGGAGGUGUACGCGGUCGUACCCCGGGACAUAGUGUCACAAUGCGCGUCCCAAGAGCAAUCGAGCGUAGAGGCGUCGCCCCGCUCCUGCCCGACCGUGUCUGAGUCCGGCCGAUCGUCGCCGGCUCCUAGCGAAGCUUCACAGAUGGAAGCAGAGUCCGCGGCCGAGUCUGGUCCCGAGUCCAGCUCGGAGAUAUCAGAUGACGACGGGUUCGAGACCGUCGUGUCGAAAAAACGAAAGGGGAAGCCAGUAAAGGCGUCGCCCCCUGUUAAGCGAGCUUCACUCGCAGCCCCCCCGCCUCGCGCCAAUUCCGCCGCGUCCGUUACCGCGAAAACCGCGCCAGUGACGUCAUCCGGUUCCGCGUCCACUCCCGAUGUAGCCGCGUCUGCCGCUCCCCAGGGACGUAAAAGUAGACCGCCGCCGCCGGUCAUCCUUCAAGAUAAGAAGGCGUGGGAUAGCAUCUCCGCGUGGAUGAUCGCCCACGGAGCCCCCGCUCCUGUCUCCAGACAGGUGCCGCCCAGGACGCACCCCGCGCCCGCAGGUCAUUCGUUGACCGCAGAUUUAUCUGUGGUCAUGGACUUCGUGUCCAGUUUCGACGUCCGCGAACUCAGCGUGUUCGCUAAUAAAAUCAGGAGCUCGAAUGGAGCCCCUCACGCUCGUAUGCAGGCUGUGUUGGAACACGCAGGCCUUAUUGACGCGAUAACGCGGUUUGAAGCUCCCACUUAU